AUGGAUAUCAACUGGAAUUUCAACAGCUUAGGGACUGAUGCACCGGGAGCUAUGAACAGACAACUGGAAAGUACUCCUUUGAGCCAACAAGGAUCAAUCUACUCAAUGACACUUGACCAGAUCCAGGACAACUUAGGGAGAGAUUGUGGGCAAAUGAACAUGGAAGAGUUCUUUAAGAGUAUAUGUAAUACUGAAGAAACACAAGGCAUGGUUUCAACUAAUGGCAUGGGACUACAGAGACAAGGGUCAAUUGCUCUGCCUCGAUUGCUAAGCCAGAAAACUGUUGAUGAAGUUUGGAAAUAUGUCACAGAGGAAGGUGUACACACCAACAAUUAUGGAGGAGGAACAAACACUCCUCAUCUUCAGAAGCAACCAACUUUAGGGGAAGUCACUCUUGAAGAGUUUCUACUCCGCGCUGGCGCCACAGGAGAUAGCAGCAAUGCUGGCUACAUUCAUGACCCAAACACAAGUUUGAAUGGUGAGUUUCAGCAGCGGCCAAUGGUUUCCGAUGUGUUGAACAAUGGUGUUCCAAGGAGUAUGAAUCAUGGUUCUAAUUUGCAUCCAAGUGUGAAUGGCUCUAUGCCAACAUAUCAGCCUCAGCAACAACAGCCACAACAAAAUCAGUUGCUGCCGCAACAACCAUAUGGUUAUGGUUACGGUUAUGGUCAAGGGAUACAAACCGGUUUUACGAGUGGUCAGGUUAGUAGUAAUGGAAUAGAGGGUUUCAUGGGAAUUGGAAACCAAAGUCACCAAGAAAAGAACAUGACAAUCCCUAGUGGAGGCAUGAGUGUAGGAACAUGUUCACCAGUUACGCAAUUUCCGGUAUUAGAUGGCAUUAGGAUGACUAAUUUCGGUACUUCCUUAGCCGCACCAUCUCCAUACAUUUGUAGUGGUGGUAGUAGUGUAAUGGGUAUGAUGAAUAAUUAUGGCAUAACCGUGGCGAGGAGAGGCAUUGACAAAGUGCAAAUGAGAAAGAUCAAGAACCGAGAAUCAGCAACAAGAUCGCGGGCUCGAAAGCAGGCUCAAGUUAUGGAGCUUGAAGCUGAAGUUGAAAAGUUAAAGAAAGAGAAUAUAGAUCUACUAAGGAAACAGGCGGAGAUGUCGAAAAUGCAAACCAAACUGGUGAAGGGGAUGGUUAACCUUCAAGGACGAUCCCAGACAAAGCUGAGGAGAACGAAAUCGGACAUCCAGUGA